GCCAUAGCGGCGGUAGACGAAGAGAAGGUGCCUCACAUUUAUUAUUUGUCAAGAUUUAGCUUCAACCGAUAGGUUUUCCAAUGGAUUUGGACUCUGGAACAUACGAACCAGGAUUUGUUGGGAUACGGUUUUGUCAAGAAUGUAACAACAUGUUAUACCCGAAAGAAGACAAGGAGAACCGUAUCCUGCUUUAUGCGUGCAGGAACUGUGACUACCAACAAGAGGCAGACAACAGCUGCAUUUAUGUCAACAAGAUCACCCAUGAGGUUGAUGAGUUGACACAAAUCAUCGCUGAUGUAUCUCAGGAUCCAACACUACCAAGGACGGAGGACCACCCCUGCCCCAAAUGUGGUCACAAGGAGGCAGUGUUCUUCCAGUCGCACAGUAUGAAGGCUGAGGAUGCCAUGAGACUGUACUACGUCUGCACAGCCCCUCACUGUGGCCACAGAUGGACAGAGUAAAGUCAGUGAUCAUGAAGUGGUCAUUUCCAUCUACAGCAGUGCUGUUCAAAAAAGAACUGUUCCCAGCUGCAGCUCAAAGACUUAUUUUUUAUUCUUACUGUUCUGUUGCUGCUGAUGUCUGCAGACCCUGGAAUUAUCUUUGUGUGACGACUUGCAGUUGGUCAGAAACCAUCAUGUAAAUUUUAUGUAUUAAUAGUUUUUUAACAGUUGUCAUUGUCAAAAGUGUUUUGUUAGAUUAAAGAAUCAGUCGUUUCAAACGUCUCUGUGUUUU